GUUAAUUGUACAACGUCUACGAGGCGAGGGUAAUGGGACCGAGCUAGCUAGCUUCUCCACUAGCACUGAUCAUCUUCUUACAGUAUCAUUAACAUAGUUAGCAAGGCUACCAAAAUUAGCAUGUAGCAUGUACCAGUGGCGGUCCCUCCUCGACAGUCUCUCGUGUUGACAAACGUUACGUCAGUGCGGUGUCGUUAGGUGGGGCGGGGGCUGUGUUGUUACUGUCGUCGUGCGGGACGUGAAGACUCUUUCACACCGUUCAGAUUUGGAUUAAACAACGGAUAACGGUAGUAUCAUCCACGCCGUAAAGGACCCAACUGACUGCUGAUUAAUUUUUUUUUUUUUUUGCUAUCUUGAGUCAACAUGGGGAGCUGCUUAACUGUGGGGCCAAACGAAGCUCUGGUGGUCUCCGGUGGUUGUUGUGGCUCUGAUACAAAGACCUACGUCGUGGGAGGCUGGGCCUGGGCUUGGUGGCUCAUCUCGGAUACCAAAAGGAUAACCCUAGAGAUCAUGACUCUGCAGCCCCGAUGUGAAGAUGUGGAGACAGCAGAAGGGGUAGCCAUCACUGUCACAGGGGUGGCUCAGGUGAAAGUCAUGACUGAUCAGGACCUACUGGCUGUAGCUUGUGAGCAGUUCCUGGGUAAAUCAGUCAUGGAAAUCAAAGCUGUGGUUCUGCAGACUUUGGAGGGACAUCUGCGCUCCAUUCUAGGUACCUUGACUGUAGAGCAGAUCUAUCAGGACAGGGACCAGUUUGCUAAACUGGUGAGGGAGGUAGCAGCUCCCGACGUGGGCAGGAUGGGCAUCGAGAUUCUCAGCUUUACCAUUAAGGAUGUAUAUGAUAAACUUGAUUACCUGAGCUCCCUUGGGAAGACCCAGACUGCAGCUGUCCAGAGGGAUGCAGACAUCGGCGUGGCUGAGGCAGAGAGGGAUGCUGGGAUACGGGAAGCAGAAUGUAAGAAGGAGAUGAUGGACGUCAAAUUCCAGGCUGACACCAAGAUGGCCGACUCCAGACGAGAACUGGAGCUGCAGAAAGCUUCUUUCAACCAGGAAGUCAACACUAAGAAAGCAGAGGCCCAGCUGGCGUACGAGCUGCAGGCCGCCAAGGAGCAGCAAAAGAUCUGUCUGGAGGAGAUUGAGAUCCAAGUGGUGCAGAGGAAGAAACAGAUCACCAUUGAGGAGAAGGAGAUUGACCGGAUAGACAAGGAGCUCACUGCCACUGUCAAGAGGCCCGCUGAGGCUGAGGCCUACAAAAUGCAGCAGCUGGCUGAGGGACAAAAGAUUAAGAUGGUGCUAAUAGCCCAGGCUGAGGCAGAGAAGAUCAGGAAGAUUGGUGAGGCGGAGGCUUGCUCCAUCGAAGCCGUGGGCAAGGCGGAGGCUGAGAAGAUGAGACUGAAGGCUGAGGCCUAUCAGCAGUACGGAGAGGCAGCCAAGACUGCCCUGGUCCUCGAGGCCCUGCCUAAGAUUGCUGCCAAGGUGGCAGCGCCGUUAGCCAGGACCAAUGAGAUAGUCAUCCUCGGUGGGGAGGGCAACCGCGUGACGGGUGAGGUGAACCGCCUUUUGGCUGAACUUCCUGUGUCAGUCAAUGCUCUCACUGGAGUGGAUUUGUCAAAGAUCCCGUUGCUGCAGAAGAUGACCAGUACUCAAGCCUGAAAACUGACGACUCCACAUGACUUCAGUAUCUGUUGUAUGCACUCUGAUAGACUGCCUUUAAUACACUUGAAGAAUUUUGUUGUUUUAUACGUAUAUACUGUAUACCAAGGGAAUUUUGGAAACCUCUGGUGCCUUAAUUUAUACAGGACCAGAAUAUCUGCAUGCACUGCUGCUCAUUCAAUUUUUUUUUUUUUUUUUUUUUUUUAGUUUUAACAUGGAGACAUUUUGUGUUGCAUUUUCUUUUUUGUGUUUUUCUUUUUGUGUUAGAGUUGUAUAUAUUGGCCCGUUUGUAUGAAAUGUCAUCGAAGAGGAGAGCUGAUAUUAGACCGGUGUGACGGUUGACCUACCUGCUGACUCUCACCCAGGUUAGAUUCAUAUUGUCAUGUGACCCGACCGCUGACAUUAACACCUGUUCUUUGGUAUUUAUACAUUUGGGACCUGCUUUUUCAGACAACAAGGCCUCCGCUCUCACAUUUUCGAUUCAGGCCUUUUUGUUGAUUUACCUCUUUGUUGUUAGACACAUCUGCAUUCCCUAGAUAAUCUGAAUCUGUUCUUAUUAACUGUAGAGCUUUGUUUUUUGUAUCACAUGUUGUAAUUUUUAACUAUCAAAUGUUAUUCAGGUUAUUUUAUGUCUCAGUGGUUGAUUUAUUUAUUUUUUUAACAAUGUAACAGGUGCUCACAAUCUUAAAAGAAGCCCAUUUCAUUGUGCAAAUAUUGUUUGUUCCUCUGAAAGAAGUUUCGUUCUCCACAAACUGUUGAUAUCAGGCAUGAGACAUAUGAUUAUUAUUUAAAUGCUGGUGGGACAACAGGAAGCAAAUUCUGAUCUUGUGCAAAUAUGGUUAGCUUGUAAUGUGGUGUGGGUUUUAAUGUAAAAUGUUAGUAGUUUUGGCCUUCAUUAAGAUUGAAAACAGUUAGUUGGUGAGAGAAAAGAAGAGAAACAGAUUUCAUGGGGAAAUUGUAAAAAUGACUGGCUGUGAGUUGUGUGAAAUGUGUUUAUGUUGUGAAAAAAGCUAAAUGUGAAUAGAUUCUGAAAUGAAAGGCCAAACAGUGAGGCCAAAUAGAAUAUAGUGUAUUUUAUUUUUUAUUGUAUCAGAAGGGAUACUGUAUAGUUUAUCUGAUGUUUAAUUUCAUACUACAGAUAUCUGUAGACGCUAAGCCAUGUUCGACAGGGUGUCAACAAACCAAACUUCUACACUUUUCAGAGAAACACACUUUCUGUUCAAUGUCAGCAUUGAUUUGUUUAAUAACUGACAUCAAAUAUAGAAAACUCUUUUAGCAGAGUUUAAUUUAUAAAACUAUGUUUUAUUUGUUUUAAUCAGUAAUAUUGCUGUUUGUAAAUAGUCACGACACUUUGUUGUUUUGGGGUCUAAUGCACUAAAUGUUAAGCUCCAGUGCAGCAGUACAAAGGAUCUGACGCACUUGUUAACUAUCAAAGGGUUUUUGGAAAAAGGUUUAUGGGGAAAGUUGACAGGUAAAGUAUAUUAUUGGGCAGAACAGGUUGACCCCUCCUAUGAAAUGUAUUUCAUCCACUUAGACACUUCCAGUAGAACUGGCAGUGAAUUCUGGUAGCCAGAGCCUGCUCGUCUCCUCUCACUGCUGUAAAGAGCUGCACUCACCUACACUUAACCUAAACUAGCUUGACUGAUGUUUAGUUUGAACCUCAUAACUCAAGUAGGUGGUAGUUUUAUGUUUGGCUGAAGAAACUUACUGACAAAGAACUUACAGAGGACUGUUAUUAUUGUUGUUGUUAAUAUAGUUUUUAUGUUUGCAUCAUUCUUUGCUGAUAUAGUGACUUGACAAAUACUGUGACCAUACUGAUUUGCGUGUCCAGUGUAUAUACGACAUAUUUGUGUUAGAUUCUUAAUGUUAUUUACAGCACUUACACUGUGUGUUCUCAAACGGCCUUGAGUUUCUGUAUGCUCUUGCUGCAUGUCAUCCGUCUGUACCCAGAACAAUCAGUUCACUCUUAGCUAAUUGUCAUUUUAAUAAAUCAAAAUGCCAUAAUUUA